CUCCUGGGCUAGGACAGUGGAGGCGUCACGCUCCCGGAGGUCAUACGCCCAAGCCGGUGCUCGUGCCCGGCUGUCUCGUCGUCGCGGCGGCGCGCACGCCAGGCCGACGCCCGGGCCCGGGAGCCGCCGGGACUUCAGGGAGUCGCGGAUGCCGCGCGUGGGGCCAGGCGGAGCGCACUGGCGCCCGGCGCUCGCGCUGGCGCUGCUGGGGCUGGCGGCCACUCUGGGCGCGUCCCCGACGUCUGGGCAACGCUGGCCCGUACCCUACAAGCGCUUCUCCUUCCGUCCGAAGACAGAUCCCUUCUGUCAAGCCAAGUAUACUUUCUGCCCUACUGGCUCACCCAUCCCAGUUAUGAAGGACAAUGACGUCAUCGAAGUCUUAAGGCUACAAGCCCCUGUUUGGGAAUUUAAAUAUGGAGACCUCCUGGGACACUUCGUAAGAAUGCAUCUUGAUCUUAAAAUCAUGCACGAUGCCAUUGGAUUCAGGAGUACGCUGACGGGCAAGAACUACACAGUUGAAUGGUAUGAGCUUUUCCAGCUCGGCAACUGUACAUUUCCCCACCUUCGGCCCGAAGUGAACGCUCCGUUCUGGUGUAACCAGGGGGCAGCCUGCUUCUUUGAAGGAAUUUACGAUAAACACUGGAAGGAAAACGGGACGUUGUCGCUGGUUGCAACCGUAUCCGGAAACACGUUUAACAAAGUGGCCGAGUGGGUGAAGCAGGACAAUGAGACUGGGAUUUAUUACGAGACAUGGACAGUCCGGGCCAGCCCAGGAAAAGGGGCGCAGACAUGGUUUGAAUCCUACGACUGUUCAAAUUUUGUCUUAAGGACAUAUGAGAAAUUGGCUGAAUUUGGAACAGAUUUCAAGAAGAUAGAAACAAACUAUACGAAAAUAUUUCUUUACAGCGGAGAACCGAUUUACUUGGGAAAUGAAACGUCUAUUUUUGGGCCCAAAGGAAACAAGACCCUUGCUUUGGCCAUAAAAAAAUUUUACGGCCCCUUCAAACGGUAUUCGUCAACCAAAGAUUUUCUGUUGAAUUUCUUGAAAAUUUUUGACACAGUGAUUAUGCACAGAGAGUUCUACCUGUUUUAUAACUUUGAGUAUUGGUUUCUACCUAUGAAACCCCCCUUUGUCAAAAUAACGUACGAGGAAACCCCUUUACCUACCCAACAUACGACAUUUACCGACCUGUGACAGCCUCCCUCUGCUGCUGCUACUCUCCAUCCACCAGCAUCCAUAUUCUCCCGGGGCUGUGCCUACACUGGUGUCUUUGGUCACCUUCACCUCCUGGGGCGCCUUGUCGGAAGUACAGUAUAUGUCAAGACUCCCGGAAAGAAGCAGAAACCUUAAUUGUAUUGGCCAAAGUGAAUGGGUUGCAAUUACUCGAUCUCAGCCAUGGAGAUUCUUUGAUCCCAAGGUUAACAUGUUUUCUCGGGCCACCUUUUCUGUUACAGUAGUGAUAUUUCUUAGUUUGGGUUACUUUUUUGUUUGUUUGGGUUUUUUUGUCUCUAAAGAAUAGUUGUUUUUAUAGUUAUUACAGCCCUGGGGGUCCAGGUGAACUGCUUUCUAGUCACAUAACCUUAAAGCCUCGUUUGGACGCCAUUACUGGAGCCUGUCUAAUGCCCCCUAAUAGCAUUCCUCUAGACAUGGCAAAGACAGUAGAGCUGUUGUGACAGGGGCCACCUAACAUCUCUAGAUGUAUGUCCUUGCCUCUAAAAUGACUCACCUACCAGGUACAUGAAGAUUGGGGGCACCUAUGUAGGCAUGGGGGGACAUACUGAGUGCAUAUAUGGCCUCUCUUGGGACCAAAAGCACCCCGACAGACUACACAUGGCUUCAGUUCUUCAGUACAAGCCGUGGACGUGUCUGCCUCCAGACACAGCUAGGUGAAGUGUUCUGACUUCCCGUGUGUGUCCUCUGGUUUUUCUCCCGCCAUCAUCACAGAGAGUACACCCUUCUGCAAAGGGUGGAAUUUCGUCAGGGACCCUUGUCAGCUCACUACGCUGCCGUUAGAGGCAUUAGACAGGCUCUCGGGGCCUGUAUUUUGAUCAGUUGAACUCCGGUUGGUUCGGUUUGUUUCCCUAUUUAACACUAGCACAAUAAUCAAAGUCUUUAAAUAUAGACAUUAUUGUAUUAUUAUUAUUAUUAUUAUUAUUAUUAUUAGACAUAUUAUUAGGUGCCAGUUUUUAAUUGCCGCCUAACAGCUGACUGCUUCUUGAGAGGUUAGUACACGACUGCUGAGCUGUCUUAAGAAGCCUCAAGUGUGUAAGUCAGGGCUUAGCAAGAUAAAAUGACCUGGCAUUGUGUUUUCACUCAGGGUGCACUGGGUGCCUUUCAGCCCUCUUCAGAUUGUGGCCUUAUACCGGUAUCUAUGCACCGAAUGUCACCAGCCUGUGUUGUUUCUAUUCAGUCUAAUUAAAAAACAAACAAAACAAAAAGCCCUCAAGAAAAAAAGGGGGGGGGUGCUUGGACUUUGUGUCUUUGAUCUUAUUUGUCUAGGAAUUUACUUUUUAUUGUUUAAACCCCACAAAGCCAAGGUGACCCCAGAUGACUGGAUAGUCACGAAGUGCACUGUUCUGCCUACCCUGGAGAAGUAGACUUGUCCUCAUACACAGAGGGACCGUCUUCCGCUGCCUCCCCUUUACCAACCCAACGAUGUUGCCUCUUUGACCUCGUUUUCAGGAUGAGGUUAAGAAUCUUCACAUUACUACUAUCUAGUGGCUAAACUCAGGCAACACUAAUCUAUACCAUGCUGAGUCACUGUGGAAAAGGUAGAAUUUCCCUGCUGCCCUUUGGUGACAAGCUGAGAGGUUUGUACGGGUAUGUCAUUUUAAAUCAGACUUUGGUUUGUAGCAAGGGAGGUGUGUGGCGUGCUCAAGGAACUUGACUUCUAAGAUAAGAUUCUACUUCGUUAAAGAGCAUGGGGGGGGGGUGUGUGAGGGUUUUUUACUCCUGUGAACAGACACCAUGACCAAGGCAAGUCUUGUAAAAGACAUUUAAUUGGGGGCUGGCUUACAGUUCAAUCCAGUAUCACCAAGGCAGGAACAUGGCAGCAUCCAGGAGCUGAGAGUUCUACAUCUGAAGGCUGCUAGCAGAAUACUGAUUUCCAGGUAGCUAGGGUGACCGGUUUAAGCCCACACCCACAGUGACACACCUACUCCAACAAGGUCAUACCUCCUAAUAGUGCCACUCCCUGGGCUAAGCAUAUAUAAACCAUCACAGGGCGCUAUCCCAAAAGCUGUUGUCUAGCUGGGCUGCCUGGUCUGGCCUCAGUGGAGAUCAAAUGUCCAGCCUCUCAGAGACAUGGACAUGGCAUGUUGGGGGUAAACUCAGGGGGUGCCCAUUCCCCCCAGAAGAGAAGGAAUGGGGGAUGGGAAAGGAUAGGAGGAGGGGGUGACUAGGAGGGGAACAGUGAGCAGGAUGUAAAGUGAAUGAGUAAAGUAAAAAGGAAUUAAAUGUAAAGAAAAGGCAAAAUGUUUCUUUGUGGAGAACGUUAAAUGAGAAGUGCUUGUGAAAGCACUUGAGUCAGAUGGUGAUGGCGGAGAGGCACGAGUCACAUGAUUCCCCAAGAGUUUAUCAAGCUGUGAAAUGGAUACAAGGUAAAAGACAGUGAUUGAAGUUAGGUGACUCAGAACAUCUUUCAAACAGUAGUAGGGAAAUCAAAGUGACCUGGGCAAAACGGGGUGUCUCUGACUUGGAAGGCACUGCUUCGGUUGGGCUUUAAAAUUCCAGGCACCUGAAGCUCACAGUCACAAAAAAUUUCCACUGAGUCAAUGCAAUUCAUAGGCAAGGGGUUCCACUAGAUUCAUAGACGGGAGCUAUAAAAGAGGGUUCUUGUGUAGCAGAGUAGAUUUUCUGGGAUAACAUCAGAGUCUAGAUCUCUUUUGUAUUUAAAGCAGCAGAAACUGAGCAUGGGGAAUGGCUGAGCCAUUGGCUCCCCGUGAGACAGUCAGUGAUGCUUUAGGACCCAGACAGGCAUGCUCAUCAGGGAGAAAGUUGGCUCUCCCUUCUGGGAUCUCUGGCUUUGGCAAAGACAGAACUGUGCAGAGGGUGAAGUUCAGUUUUAGAUUUUAAGCCAAGGAAAACCUUUUAAGGUCUCCUGCUCUAAGAGACUGCCUGGCCAGUGUUUAGCUCCUGCUUUUUUGUCAAAAACAAGGAUCUACAGAUUAAACUUUGUUGCCAUGUAAGUUAUGGUAUUUUCCUAUUCCUGUGUCAGUUCACUUUACACACAUGUAAUAUUUCUUCUAAGAGCUUGACUAUUAGGGCUUCAGAGUAAACAUAUCACCCACGAAUCUGGCUCAUUAAUGGGUAAUUUACUGUUGCAGAUAGAAGGAAACAGUUAAAAGGUGAAGUAACUCAAACACUCAGAACCUCUAUUCAAUAGUGGCUCCCUAGACAGACAACAGGAAAAACAUUAUAAGACCCUAAACACGACAUCUAUCGUCCCUCCCUCCAAAGCCCAGUACACACGGAAAAGACAGCAGAAGGAACCAAGGGCUAGGGGAUCACAAGGGGCACCAUGAGAGGCUGCCAUCUAGGCAAGCAGUGGAAACUGCACUCUGCAAUGUGUACCUGCGACUGUUUAUCCGCCCUAGAUGGUGUUAUAAACAUUACGUCAUGGAUGGGGAUGGGGCUCAGGGCCACACCCUUCACAAAUUACUGGUAGCUUGUAUGGGGGUGGGGGGUGGGGGAAGUCACUUUCUCCAGUGGUACUGCCACUCCUAAACUGCCCGUGUUUCCGUAACCUCCCACCCUGUUCAUGUGGGCAACUCUCAUAAUUAAAGUUAGUGGAUUCCAAGGGUUAAAAAAAAGACUCGAGAGUAGAAGGGAGUUCGGCAAGAGAGGACGGCAGAGUAAGGGAGAGUGGAAAAUGACCAAAAUGCGUUAUAUACAAAGUGUUUAAUAACAAUACAUUCUUCAGUCUGUCUCACAUGUGAUGUGUCUGGGAGUACUGAGCCUAGGGAUAUCUGUCUGUCUGUCUCUCUCUCACACACCCACACACACUCACGGAAGGGAAGCGGUCUACCACUGAACUAUUACAUUCCUACAAUCCUUUUUAACUUUGUGAAAACAAGGUCUAGGUUGCCUUUCACUCAUAGCUCAUUCGGCCCCGAAUGUGUCUGAAUGUGCAUCCUCUGGCUUAGCCUUCUGAACAGCCUGUCUGUUCCACCACACCCCGCCAACUUUUGAAAAGAAACACAUUUGUAUUUACCCUUGAAUGUGCAGGUAGCUUCAAGGUCUUCUGACUGCCUUCAAGAGUUUCUUCCUUGUUGGAACUAUUCAGGUAUUUACAUUUUGAUUAUUAAUUAAUUCUAAGAAUAACCUUUAACUCUCUGAGACAAUGCUUUUGUUAUCUUAAAGAAGGGUUUAAGGCCAGUAAACAGGUGAUACUUUUUACUUUUUGCUAACACUAAAAAUGGCCUCAAAUAGAAACAGGUUUUGGAAACAGAUUGCAGUAACUUAUUACUGUUUAGCAAGGCGUAUUUUAAAAAGAUGGCCUAGAUUACCAAUUACAGCAAAUUGGACUGUUUCCUGAAACUUACUUAAGAUACAUUAAUUUCUAUUGUUUUAAAACUAUUCUGAUUUAUAUAGAUUUCUAAUAUGGCUUGCUAGGCUAAAGAAAACUCUAAGAAUGUUUUUGUAAAAAUAUCUAUCCUUGUUUUAAUUAUGUGUGAGUGUCUAGGUCUGUCUAUGUAAAUGAAUGCAGGUGCCCAGGGAUGGCAAAGGUGUCAGUCUUCUGGAACUGGACUUACAAGUAGUCAUGAAUGAUGUGCAUGCUAACAACUGCCAAGAGAAUCCACCAGCUUUAACCCCAAGAGUCAUAUUUCCAAGUAGAGUAUAGCUUUCAUUCUGAAUAUAUAAAGAAGCUAUUCCUUAUUUUUAAUCAUAAAAGAAUUUAUAUUUCACGGUAAGUUUCACAAGUAUUAGAGCAUCAGAAUAGAAUCAGUGUGCCAAGUUUUGUAUCUUCAAAGUAGACUGUUUAAAAGACUACCAUAUAAUAGAUUCUGAAGCUAUCAUAAUAUAUAUUGUAGUAUAUGUUUGAUUAGUUCUCUAAAGUUAUAAAAAUACAACCGCAGUAGUAACUAUCUUUAUUCUCAAAUUGAUAAAACCAUUUAACAUAUAUUUUACAGUAUAAACAAAUUAAAUGCUAUGCAUUUUGCUUAUAAAGUGACUUAAAGUAUUCAAGCAUGUAAUUCAAUUUGUACAAAAAGUUAAGUUUUCAAAUAAAGCUUUGGUUAGUAAAACUGA